AUGAACUACUUGCUCAUCUGUAUUUAUUUCUCGAAAUAAUUUAUGUUGUGUCAUUUUUGGAGAUCAAUAUUUGUAUAAUGUUUUUAUUGAUAAUUAAUAGAUAUUUAUCGAAUAGGUAAGGGAUUCAAAUAAGUGGAAAAUUGUUGAAUUGAGCAAUGAUCAUAAUCCUGAUAUACCAUCAGAAAAGAAAAGAAUAAUUAGCCAGUAAAGGAUGAGUUAAUCAUUUGGGACUGAAAAUGGUUAAAAAUAUUGGGCCAGCAAGAGUUUGGUUGAUGCUUUAGAAUAUUUCAUGGUAAGCUUUGAGUAGAUUAAUAGAAUGUUGUUGGGGUUAUAUCAUUGAUUAAUAAAAAAAUACUCAUAAAUAAUUUUUUGAAUAAGAAUAUAAUCCAGAAUUAAUUUAUUAUAAAUUGAAUUAGAAAUGUUGGUUUUUAGUUAUUGCUAGUAAUGGAGUAUAAAUUAUAUGCAGAUUUUGUUGUUCUUAAAUGAAUGAAAAUAAAAUUGAUGAAAUUGUUGAAAAUAUUGUAAAAGAAUCUACUAGAAGAUUACAAGAAGAGGAUGAGAUAGCUAAUGAUAUUUCAUUAAUAAUUGUUUAUUUUUCUUGA